AACCGUAAAAUCCGCCUACCACCGCUCUGCCACCCACCACCCUGUCCCUUAUCCUCUGAGUCUCUCUCUCCCUCUCUCUCUCUCUCACACAUCCACCGUUGUGAGAGCUUUAAUGUUAAUGUUUCAGUUUGCUAACCUUUUUUGCCCCCCAAAUUGUUUUCUCUCUCAUUCAUCCACCACAGGCAGAGCAACUGUGGUAUUUUUUGCAUAUGUUGGAUUUGACGCAAUUGCUAAUUCAGAUGAAGAAUCUACAGGACCACAGGCAUUGGGUGUAUGCAAUGGAGUGGAAGUCUACUGGACAUUCAGAAACUCCCCAGCAGCGGGGUUGAUCUUUACAUUCGAGUGGCAUAUUCAGAGCUUGGUUCCUGCAACAGGAAGGAAGCAGAAACCUGAAGCAUCUCCUGAUGAUCCAACUGGAAACAUUCUUCGAGAAAAUACCCACCUAAUGAAACUUGAAGAGCUGCCAUUAUUUAGUUUUGAGAAUUUGGCAAAAGCAACUGACAACUUUCAUGCUGCUAAUAAGCUUGGGCAAGGUAAUGCUUGUUCAUUCGGGGCUUCAGGUGGUAUUGAACAAAAUACGAUUCAUUUGAUGCUUAUUUUUCCAAAGAAAACUUCCAGAUGGACAAGAAAUAGCUGUGAAAAGGCUUUCAAGAUCCUCUGGACAAGGGUUACAGGAGUGUAUGAAUGA